GAGUGUCCUGGGUGACCUUUGACCCCUCUCCUUGUUCCCCAUUGCUUUAAUAUUCUUGAUCUUAUUGGCAAACACGAUGAGUGAGUUCAAGUUCAACCAGUCCGUGGGAAAGAUUCAGAAUGUUGGGGAGCGUGUGUCUGUGGAUGGAGGGAAAAAGAAAGCUGGUAGUGUGGUACACAUCCCAGCGUACAAGCUUGGUGGGAUCCAGUUUGGAACGAACAAAGUAUCCCGAUUUCAACAAAUCUACAAGAUAACUGGUCAUGGUGAUGUUCCUGUGUUCCUGAGGACAGGACGAGAUGUAUUCAUGUAUCGAGGGUUGAUGGCACUCUCAAUGGUUGGCAUAGCGAUGACUUUAUAUGGAAUGGGCAGUAUGGCCACUGGGGGCAUGCAGAAGAAGAACUAGUCAAUAUUGACACUCUGUUAUAGUCUGUGUUUAUUAUUAUGUUCGCAUUUCAGGUACAUUUGUAUCACUCAAGUAGAAUUGCUUAUCUUAUAGCUAUUAAUUUUGUACCGAGACUUCAAUUAUCAGACGUAAUAAUAAUAAUAA